ACUCUGCUCUCUGCCUGAUCCUGGGAUGCUCUCCUCUCUCUCUGCCUGAGCUCCGCCUCAUGUUGCUGCAUGCUUGUUUAUCUGAGAACAACCUUCCAGGAGCUGCUUCUCCUUAAAGCGACACCAUCUUAAUGAAUCACUCUGAACCAGGAGCAGCAGGAGGAGCAGCAGGAGGAGCAGCAGGAGGAGCAGGAGGAGGAGCAGGAGGAGCAGGAAGGAUGCAGAUGAGGAGCAGCAUCCAUCCUCCCUCUGCCUCCCUGAUCUCAGCGCCUUGCAGGAAGAUGAGUAACCCGUCUGUAAUCUGAGCCGCCAUGCCUGGAGGAGAACCCUCCUCCCCUCCUGCAUCUCCAUCCUACAGGACGCGUGGAGCGCGCGUGCGUCACGCCUGUUCCUCUGCAGAUGAGGCUCCAGAUUCGGAGCGUCCGUGAAGCGGCUGAGUCUCCUGUGCGGCCUGCAUCCCCGCAGCUUCAUCUGUGAGGUAACGCUCCCCCCCUCCCCCCUCCCCGCAUGAACCUCUGACAGACGCCUUUCCGUCCUCGCUGCGCCGCAGACGCGGUGCCCUGAUGCGGCGCGCUGAUGCGGCGCGCCUGGAUGCCCGCCUUCCUCGCCGCCUCCCGGUCUCUCGCUGAGGCUGUGAUCCGGGGGAGCGGCUGCCCGCGGCGCGGCAGGAUGGUGCGCAUCGCCAGCGCGCUGGGGCUCAUCAUCUUCAGCCUGGCGCUGCUCAUCCUGUCGCUCAUCAGCUACGUUUCCAUCAAGAAGGACUUCCUGCCCGGCUCCGCCAGAUACGGACCCAACGGGGGGCCCAGGAUGUACAUGUUCCACACGGGGUUCCGCGAGAGGCCACCUCGAAAACCUGACCUGAGCUCCCAGCUGGCCAUGAAGUAUCUGGAUCCAGACUUCACUCCUCUGACCAACGCUCUGAACGAAGACCUGCAGAACUCCUCUAAAUGGAGGUACAACAGCAGCGCUUUCACGCAACUCAGGACGGAGAUUUCUCAGUACAUCGACAUCCCCCGUAACUUCACGCUGACCCGAGACUCCGUCAGAGUCGGACAGCUGAUGCACUUCGACUACUCCAGCCACAAGUACGUCUACUCCAUUGGCGAGAACUUCCGAUCGCUCCUCCCAGAGGUCUCCCCCAUCCUAAACAAGCAGUACAACGUCUGCGCCGUGGUGGGAAACAGCGGCAUCCUCACCGGCUCGCGCUGCGGCGCCCAGAUAGAGAAAUAUGACUUUGUUUUCCGAUGCAACUUUGCUCCAACAGAGAUUUUUAAGAAGGACGUUGGGCGUCGGACCAACAUGACAACCUUUAACCCCAGCAUCCUGGAGAAAUACUACAACAACCUGCUGACUGUUCAGGACAGGAACAACUUCUUCCUGAGCCUGAAGAAGCUGGACAGAGCCAUCCUCUGGAUCCCAGCGUUUUUCUUCCAUACAUCAGCCACGGUGACCAGGACGCUGGUCGACUUCUUUGUGGAACAUCGGGGCCAGCUGAAGGUCCAGUUGGCUUGGCCUGGAAACAUCAUGCAAUACAUCAACAAUUACUGGAAAACCAAGCAGUUGUCUCCGAAGCGCCUGAGCACUGGGAUCCUGAUGUACACGCUGGCAUCGUCCAUGUGCGAUCAAAUUCAUCUGUACGGAUUCUGGCCCUUCGGCUGGGAUCCCAACACUGGGAAGGAGCUACCGUACCACUACUACGACAAGAAGGGCACCAAGUUCACCACCAAGUGGCAGGAGUCCCAUCAGCUGCCGGCUGAGUUCAAACUCCUCUACAAGAUGCACACAGAGGGACUGCUGAAGCUCAGUCUCUCUCACUGCGCUUAGGGCUACAACUAAAGCGCUAAUUCAACCGCUAACCAGCACAUCCAACAGCUACGCUACAGGAAAUGAUUAAAUUACCGGACCUGAGAAAAUCUAAAUCAGGAGUUUAAGUCAAGGGUUCAGCUCUAUGGAUGAAUCCAAUCUUGCAACAAUUCAUUAAAGUAAAUAUUUGUUUUCAAAUGUUUAACACGAAGAAGAAGAAAUCUCCUUUUUUAUAUUUUCCAUUUUUUGUGCUUUAUAAAAUCUAAAACUUAUUUUAAGGUUUGCAGGAACAUUUGUGGACUAAAUUGCCACCAAUGCUAAUAACAGUUAAUUGUCUUUUGUCUUUGGAGUGACCAUUAUUUUCUAGAUUCUAUUAAACACUUUAAAAAUGUUCAUUUAAGGCCCCGUUCUUCUAUAUAAACCUAAGAUAUGAUAGAUGGCUAAAGUGUGCUAGUUUGUGCUAGUUAUGCUAGUUUCUUUCUUCCGUUUUUCUCAAAAUUCAUCUUCUUCUUCCAAAGCCAAAGUUAUUUCAUUAUUUAGGUUGUCUUUAAUAAUCCAGUUAUGUUCAAUUAUUUACUGUUGGCUGCUGAUUUCUAAUAUCCUGAAGGUCGUUUCUAAAGCUAACAGCGGUUAGCUGCUAUUCCUGAGGCUGUAGCUGCUCUAAAAUCCUAAAGUAACUUUCAUGCUGAUAUUUUAUAUUUCAAAUAGUUAUUAAAAUAGUAUUAAAACGUUAGCUGGUGGUUAGCUGCAUAGACAUUAUAUAUGUAGAUGCAUCAUUGUUGUCAGAGAGGCCGACGUGCCUCGUGAGCGGCCAUCUUGGAUCAGACCACAGGUCAGACAGCUGCUGUCAGAAUGAACAGGAGGCGCCUUAGAUCUCAUUUUAAUCACAUGAAAGACGAGUCGGAGAAAAUAUUACAAUAAUCUCUGACAUGUCGGAACCCCUUAAAAGACCAAAACAAAUUUUAAAAGUACCUUUCAGUUAGAUUACACAGAUUUAUUCAGAUAGAAAUCUAUUUAAACUGAACUCCAACUGGAUG